AUCUCUGCUUUCCCAGAGGCACACACAGCUGAGAUCAUGGCAUUUGAUGGUACUUGGAAAGUAGACCGGAAUGAGAACUAUGAAAAGUUCAUGGAGAAAAUGGGCAUUAAUGUGGUGAAAAGGAAGCUUGCAGCUCAUGACAAUUUGAAACUGACCAUCAAACAAGAAGGAAAUAAAUUCACUAUUAAAGAAUCAUGCAGGUUUCGAAACAUUGAUGUUGUGUUUGAACUUGGUGUUGAAUUCAACUAUACUCUAGCAGAUGGAACUGAACUCAAUGGGACCUGGAGCCUUGAAGGAAAUAAACUUACUGCAAAAUUCAAACGUGUAGACAAUGGAAAGGAGCUGAUUGAUAUCUGUGAAAUUUCUGGUAGUGAAUUAAUCCAGACCUACAUAUAUGAAGGGGUCGAAGCCAAGAGGAUCUUUAAGAAAGAAUGAGCAAGCUUCUUGAAGACCAGAGCAACCCUGAAGAGCUAAAGCUGUUAUCAGACUCCUCUCUCCAUCAUGCUAAUGCCAGGCAGGUUCAUCCUUUCAAGAACACUGGCAUAUUCCAGUCUUGUCAAAGCCCAAAACAUAAAAGC